CACACGGUGUCCUCCAAUUUCCCGCGCCAUGGCCAAGCGAGCCCGUGUGGACAAGGACUCGGCACUGAGCGGGUUGACACGCCUCAGCGAGAGAGAGAAGACCGCCAUCUUGGAACGACUCGUCAACGACUCGCGGCUAAGCGCGAGAAAGGUUGUGUGUGAAGAGUUGGAGAAGCGAGACGCGAAACCUUUGGAUCCAAAUCUCCUGCAGAGCUUCGGCAGCCGUGCCUACCGUGCCUUCCACCAGCUCGAUAGGCUCAGGCCGUCCCAGCAGUGUGAACAGAGCCACCGGGUAACGUCUGACAUCGGCGAUUUGAUCCAAGAGGCAGGGCAACUAAAAGCUGCUCAUGCCAUCAUGGCACUGGCCAGGGUGGCUGGAGUUAUGAGCCACGCAAGUGAUACUGGCCAAGUUUUUCAUGACACUGUGGCUUCGUGUGGUGGCAUCCCAUAUGAUCUGGCGGAAGCAAUGAAGAAACAACUACAGCUCGUGGCAGCAACAGACUGGGGAAGCUUGAAGGCUGCAUAUGAGCAGAUGUUGCGAGUGCAAAGCCGCUUGCAGGAUGAUUUUGCCAUUGAGGAGUUCGACCCCAUUGUGAGCGAGAUGGCGAAGCAUUGCAAGAGUUGACUGCCAAUGAUCCAUUAUAUAUAUAUAUAUAUUAUAGAAGUGUGAUGGAGAGAGAAGCCAAUAAUCA